AUGGCGUACAACAAGUCCUACAACCCCGAUGCGCUGCCCGCUCAUGCUGAGCCAGAACAAGUCGCGCAGAUGAUAGGCUCGAUGAGCGUAUCAGGCCCUCAAAGCCACUCCAGCCACUCUUCAGCGCACAGCCAGAGCAUGAACCAAAAGCCUCUUCCCUCGCGCCCUCCACAGUCAGGACCAGGCGGCGUCCCCGCUCGUGUUCCAGUCUCCAGCGCACCCCCGCAAAACGCAUACGUCGCCGCUCCCCCGCGCCUCGACCCCCAGACCCAUCACUCCUACAACGGACGGUCGUCAUCCACGAACCCACCACUCCCAAGCCAAAGCCACAGCCAGAGCUAUAGCCAAAGUCAAAGUCGCCCACACCCUCUCCACCCUUCCCCACCACCUCAAAACUACGGCUUCGGCCCCCCGCCUGUGCAUCGCAAUCGACCCGCGCCCUCUUCGCGCCCUCCCCAGUCUCCAGCCCCACCACCCUUAACAGCCCCCAGCAAUGACCCGCAACAGCUCUUUCCCCUCUUCCGCGCCGCGAACUCUUCACACUCCGGCACUCUCACAGAACACGAGCUCGGCUCCGCUCUGGUGAACGGCGACUACACAUCCUUCCACCCGCGAACAGUCAGAUUGAUGAUUCGCAUGUUCGAUCGCGACGGCAGUGGAACGAUCAACUUCGACGAGUUUGUUUCGCUGUGGCGGUACCUUGCUGCGUGGCGGGAGUUGUUCGAUAGAUUCGACGAGGACCGCAGUGGGCGCAUUAGCAUGCCUGAAUUCGAGAAGGCGCUUGUUGCCUUCGGCUACAGACUAAGUCCGAAAUUCAUCGGUGUGAUUUUUGGUGUCUUUGAGGCGAAGGGAAAACAGAUGGGGACGGCGAAGGAUCCUGUUCGUCAGGGUAUGAGCUUUGAUUUGUUUGUUCAGGCUUGUAUUAGUCUCAAGCGCAUGACGGAUGUGUUUAAGCGCUAUGAUGAGGAUCGGGAUGGUUAUAUUACGCUUAGCUUUGAGGAGGCUUUGACGGAAAUUCUCCUAUUGCAGGAGUAG